CUUUGCUAACAAAGAUUUAUUUAGACUUGAAUUGUUUAUUAAAAAAUAUCUUGUAGUUGUGAUUGUUGAUGGUAAUUGGUAUGGUUCCAUGGUAAAAUCCCUUCAUCUUGUAUUGGUCUUUUAUUUCGUGUUUAAUUAACAAGCUGUCUUCAUCUGAUUUGGUUGAUUAGUUAAUGUUGUUGACCUGAAUAUAUUUUGGUUUUGGGUUUUCCCCUCUCUCUUUCUCUCUUUCGCUUUAUCCUGUUUCUUGUUUAUAAUAACAAAUCUGCAGGCUCUUUCUUUGUUUGAAACAAACUCUUUUUUUGCUUCAUAUUCAGAAGCUUUUUUAUUUUCUUAGGUUUAUUUUCAUUUACCAGUUUUUACGAUCUCCCUGUGUCCAUCUGCUAAACCAAUCUCUAUUUAUCCGUGCGAGGUUGACUGUACAACAACAGAAUUGAAUCUCUUAUCCAGCCAAUCAGUAUCUUAAUAACCAUUUCUGCAUAAUCACUGGUGUUAUUGGUACUAAAAGAGUGCUGAUUUUUUUAUGUGAUAUUUCAACAUGGGCAAUUGCCUUAAAUCAUCAUCAUCCAUAGAUGAUCUUGCUUUAUUACGGGAAGCUUCUGGGUCUGGACGUUUAGAGUCAAACGCAUCUGAACAAUUAGGACCACCACCAUCAUAUCAAGAAACAAUGCAAGUUCAUCACCAAUUGACACCAAGUAGCCAUCUAUCAACCAUCCACAAUCAACAUGCCCAUUCACAAUCUAUGUCUUUACCUGUUUUCUAUCCAUCACCAGAUGUUAGUCGACCUGUAUCUAAAUUAUCCGAAGAAGAGCAGAUUAAAAUUGCUCAACGGAUAGGCUUAAUUCAACAUUUACCUACAGGACUUUAUGAUGGAAGUAAAAAGAACCGAGAGUGUGCAAUAUGUAUGUGCGAGUUUGUGAUCAAUGAUUCGAUACGAUUUCUUCCUUGUAUGCAUAUUUACCAUUCAAAGUGUAUAGAUGAUUGGCUGAUGCGAUCAUUUACUUGCCCAUCUUGUAUGGAACCAGUCGAUGCAGCUUUAUUGUCAACUUACCAAACAGAAUGAAAGUCAAACAAAAAAUAUAUUCGGAAAGACAAUGGAUUAGAUUGUGUUAUGGUCUCUGUCUGGAUUCUUUAUCUUCCUGAUUCAAUCAAAAUCUCAUUUGUUCUGUGACGAGGGUCUAGGCAAAGUAGACUGUAUAUAACAAGAAAUGAAGGUUGACGAUGACACUGAAAGAAUUGUAUUUUAUUGGAAAUGACAUUAGAGUUGAAGAGACAUUGUACAAACAAACAACAGAGAUUAUUCAAUCUUAAAUUAUCUUGGAUUGAACACUUAUCAUCUAACUGAAUACAUGCAUUGGUGGUCAUUGAUCAUAAUCAAUACUUUUAUUACAAGCGUCUUAAAGUCCUACUGUGUCUUAAUGAUGGAACAGUUGUCAGAUUUGAUUGAUCUGUUCUAUCUUCUGAGAUUGCCACAUACUUACACUUAAUACAGCCCAAAAAAUGAUGACUGGAUUGAUUCUAUUCUAUUAACGAUGACAGCAAUACGAAAAGCACUGUGUCAUAAUAAUCAACCUCACAAACAAAAGCAACUGAAGACCGAUUACCUGCAAUUGGCAAAUAUUCAAAAUUCAUCGUAACAUUUCUUUUCUAAAAUUGUUUAACUAAAAGUAAAUAUACUUCUGAAGAAGUCCCGUGUGUAAAUAUAUAUAUAAAUAUAUGUAUCGCAACUGUAAAACAAUUGGAACCGAAUAGUGAGAAAGUUUUUGAGAAAAAAAAGAUGUAAAAAUCCAGAAGAAAAGAUUUAAUCCAGAAAAUGUAAGCUUAAAAGCAACCCAACUGAUAAUAUCAAGAUUGCCUGAUCUAAAAAAUGAUGUGCCCUAAGCUGAGAGCCGAGAAUUCGAUUCUUUUUGGUAUGAAUGAUUCUAUCUAGGAUUUCUUCGCAAACACUUGGAAACCUUUCAGCAAUGUGAAAUACAUCUUUUGGACUACAGACAUCAAUGGAGUGAAUAAAGAUUGUAAUACAUCUCUCAACUGAAAUAUUUGUUAAUCGACUCCCCUUUAUCCAACCCUUUCACUUUUUCAUCUCACAGACACAAACAUUUUUGUUUUUACCUUACCUUUCUUAUCGUUCUUUGUUUUUUUUUCUUAUCCUUCAUUUUCUUCCUUUCAUUUUCUUUUCUCAUCCAGCAUUCUCAUGCCCUUUACCAUUUUGCAACAAUUUAUUACAGCUCGAUUGGAAGCUACAAUAAGCUAUUAAAGAGUAUCCCUCAUCAUUUUUCUUUAUCUCAAAUAUACUUUUGUGUUUUUGUAUUCUGCUAACAGGCUUGGAGUCCAACUCGAGUGAUAUAUUCCCUCAAAACUUAGCUUUGAAAUAAUUAUUUUCUUCCCUUCCCUUUAACAUUUCAAUUUUCAUUUGCUAAAUUGGUUGUAAAAUAUUAACAAACCCAAGUCAUCAUAUUUGACCAAAGAUAUUUUACCAAAUCUCCCCAUCACUGAAUAAAUUUAUCAAGCUUCUGCAAAU